UUCCGACACCAGGUCUUGGCUUUAACGUUACCGGGUCACGGAUCCGAUCCCGGUUCUCAGGAACGCGUGUAGCAACAGACGGCGGCGUUUUACACCAAAACAGACGGACACGGUUUGACACGGUCAAAAACGAAUUUCGAUUAAAGUUCGAUUGAAAUCUGCGCAGCGACUGGGACACGACCUGCCGACAUGGGUCCGCCAAGGUCCAAAAAGCGCCGGCCGACGUUCCGCCGCCUGCUGAAGACCAGCAACAUGAAGCUGGAGAACAAACUGAAGAACCGGAAUCAGAAGCAGCAGAAUGUGGCCAAGAAACGGCGCAAGGAGCAGAAGAGGCUGAGACAGGCGGUGACGGGGGCUGCGCUCAGGAUUGCGCGUCCUCUGGAGACGUACGGGACAAGACCAGAGGAAGAAGAGGAGGAGGAGUUCUUGGAGACUCUGCCGAUGGACAUGAUGGAGGACAAUGAUCUGCAGCAGAUGACUACCAUGGCCCGACAGGCAUCCUUCGUCACUAGAGACCUGUCGUCAUGCGGGCCGGUGCAUGCUGCCAAGAAGCGCAGCUCAGAUGUGGUUCGUAGGUACGAAAAGAUUCCUCGGAAGAUGGCGAGGAUGGAGGAGAAGGAGGUCAUCCACCUGCUGCCCAUCAAAGACAGGACGGGGCUGAUUCCACAGAGCAUAGAGAGAGUUAUCCAAAAGCCGCUGGAGGAGGAGGAGGAGGCCGCUGAUGAAGAUGAGGAAGCCGCUCAUGAGGAGGGGGUGGAAGAUGAUGAGGAGACAGACAGUUACGCAGCACUGUCGGCGGCACAGAGAGAGGAGCUGCGAGCCCAGAAGAUAGCCCAGAAGAAGCUGCACAUCGCCAGCCUGGGAUCAGCCAUCGUCUCAGACCCCAUGAACAAUAUUAAAAGGGUGAAGGGGCUGCGUGGAAUGCUGAUGGAGUCUGACCCCUGUGUGGCUGUGACCGUCAGGAAGCUAGUGAUGGUGUCUCUAAUGGAGAUCUUUAAAGAUAUCGCACCCAGCUACAGGAUACGACCGCUCACCGCCGCAGAGAAGUCCACCAAGGUGAAGAAGGAGACUCAGCAUCUCAGAGAGUUUGAAGAAGGUUUAGUGAGUCAGUACAAGUUCUUCCUGGAGGACCUGGAGCAGACCAUCCAGGAUUGGAAGCAGCAGAAGAAGAAACGCAGUAAUGCUGUGGGCCUGCAGUCGUACCGCGGCCUGGCCGAAGUCGCUGCCCGCUGCCUCUGUGAGCUGCUGAUUGCUCUGCCUCACUUUAACUUCCACAACAACAUCAUUGUUGCCCUUGUGCCCCUGAUGAACGACUCUGAUGAGAAGGUGUCGGAUAUGUGCUGUGAUGCAUUCAGGAAGCUCUUCCAUCAGGACAAAGUGGGUGAGGCUUCGUUGGCCACUGUCCGCGUCAUUUCUGGUCUGGUCAAGAGCCAAAACUACAACAUCAGACCUGAGGCGCUAAGAACAAUGCUGAGUCUGAGGAUUAAGGAGGUGGAGAUGAAGAAGGACAUCAUGGACACUGCACCAAAGAAGAAGUUCCUGAACUACAAGGAGAAACAGCAGCACCUGUCCAGGAUGCAGAGGAAGUGGAAGAAGGCGGAGGAGGCGUUGGAGAAGGAGAUGCUGGAGGCCGAGGCCUCGGAGAACAAGGAGAAGAAGGUCAAGCUGCACACAGAGACUCUGAACAUCGUCUUCCUCAUCUACUUCAGGAUUUUGAAGAAAGCUCAGAAGUCAGUCCUCCUGCCUGCGGUUCUGGAAGGACUGGCCAACUUCGCCCACCUCAUCAACCUGGAGUUCUUUGACGACUUGCUGAACGUGCUGCAGAGCCUCAUUCAGUCAGGAGAGCUGACCACUCGGGAGAGCCUGCACUGCAUCCAGACGGUCUUCACCAUCCUGUCGGGACAAGGUGACGCUCUGAACAUCGACCCUCUGAACUUCUACUCCCAGCUCUACAGGAUGCUGCCGAGGCUGCACGCAGGGGCACCCAAUGAUGACAUUAUCAUCGUGCUGCGCUGCCUGGAUGCCAUGCUGACGCGCCGCAGGAAGCAGGUGACCCUGCAGAGGGCCAUGGCCUUCAUGAAGCGGCUGAGCACGCUCAGUCUGCACGUGCUGCCCAACGCCAGCGUUGGAAUUCUCGCUGCCAGCAGAGCCGCCAUGCACGCCUUCCCCAAGUGUGACUUCCUGCUGGAUAACGAGGUUCAGGGCAGCGGAUUCUACCUGCCUGAGCUCGAGGAACCGGAACACUGCAACGCCCAGAACACGGCUCUUUGGGAGCUACACACACUGCAGAGACAUUUCCACCCGGUGGUGCGGCAGCUGGCUGUUCAUCUGUGUCGGGGCGCUCCCAGUGACGGAUCGGCAGCACUUGGAGCAGAGCUGAGCCGCAGGUCUCCAGUGGAGCUGUUUGCUCAUUACAGCGUCAAAGAGAUGAACUUCAACCCCCCCGUCGCACCACCCGGCACCAGAAAGAAGGAUCGAUUCACGGUUGGAGCAGCUCUACUCGACGCGGACCUGCAAAGACGAACAGAGAGCGUCCUGAAUGCAACAGAGGACAUGGAGCUGGACUUUACCACGACCCCACGGCCUCUGCUGUGCCACUAAAGAAACUGUUUUCAUUGAGAUGUUAAAACCUUCAUAACAAAGACAACAAGUGAAUCUGUACAAAUUUUACUUUUUGAGAGUAAACCCUUGAAUACUCAGUCUAAUCAUGUUCACAGAUA